AAAUAAAGUUUAUCUCUUAUGAAAAAUCAAAGAGAGUCAGCAAAAUAAAAAGAAAAAAGAAUAAAGAAGUCUUAUAUUUCUCUGCGUUCAUUUCCUCCAGGCUCCAUCAUCAUCGAAAAGAGAGAAGAGAGAAGAGAAGACCCAAAUCCAGUUAGAGCGAAACCCUAAAUCACAACUCUCAAAGAUGCUACGAAUAGCAGGUAGAAAGCUCUCUUCUUCCGCUGCCGCCCGAUCUUCAUCCGCUUUCUUCACCAGAAAUCCUUUCACCUUCACCGAUGAUUCAUCAUCUCCGGCCAGAUCCCCUUCUCCUACUUCCCUUGCUUCUCAAUUUCUCGAUCAAAUCAGAGGUUUCUCAUCUAAUUCAGUUUCCCCCGCACAUCAGACGGGUUUAGUCUCAGAUCUCCCAGCGACAGUGGCUGCUAUUAAGAAUCCCAGUUCGAAGAUUGUAUAUGAUGAUAGCAACCAUGAGCGUUAUCCACCUGGUGACCCGAGCAAACGUGCAUUUGCCUACUUUGUCUUGACAGGAGGCAGGUUUGUCUAUGCCUCAUUGGUUCGCCUCCUGAUCCUUAAGUUUGUUCUGAGCAUGUCUGCCAGCAAAGAUGUCCUUGCACUUGCGUCUCUUGAGGUGGAUCUUUCCAGCAUUGAACCUGGGACGACUGUUACUGUCAAGUGGCGUGGGAAGCCUGUUUUCAUCAGACGCCGCACUGACGAGGACAUCAAUUUGGCGAACAGUGUUGAUCUUGGCUCCCUUCGUGACCCACAACAAGAUGCUGAGAGGGUCAAAAAUCCAGAAUGGCUUGUGGUUAUCGGGGUAUGUACUCAUCUAGGGUGCAUACCUUUACCUAAUGCUGGUGAUUUUGGUGGUUGGUUUUGCCCAUGCCAUGGCUCGCACUAUGACAUCUCUGGUAGGAUUCGCAAAGGACCUGCACCAUAUAAUCUAGAGGUGCCUACCUACAGUUUCAUGGAGGAGAACAAGUUACUUAUUGGUUGAGAAAUUAUGUCUUAAGUCACAGGACAACUUGUAGCUGCUGGACCUAAAUUGGAUCUUGCGUUUAGCUUCUUGAGUUAUACAUGGAUUGUAUUUACUGACCAGUACUGAUAGCACUUAAUUUUGGGUGAAUAAUUCUGCUGGCUGCUUGUUAAGAGAUUUUCUCAUGUUUCUUAAUUUAUUCUGAAUAAACUUUUCAAAGAUUCUCUGAUUACUAGUCCAAAUAUGUUGUUGAGGUGCAUUAA